AUGUUAUGCCAUUUAUUACAAUGUAUUGCCAUGUAUUACCAUGUAUCGCCAUGUAUUACCAUGUAUAGCCAUGUACUGCCAUGUAUCGCUAUGUAUUACCAUGUGCUGCCAUGUAUUGCCAUGUAUUACCAUGUAUUGCCAUGUAUUACCAUGAAUUGCGAUGUAUUGCCAUGUAUCGCAAUGUAUUUCCAUUUGCUGCCAUGUAUUGCCAUAUACUACCAUGUAUUGCCACGUAUUGCCAUGUAUCGCCACGUAUUACCAUGUAUUGCCAUGUAUCGCCAUGUAUUAUCAUGUAUUGCCAUGUAUUGCCAUGUAUUGCUAUGUAUAGCCACGUAUUANGCCAUGUUAUGCCAUUUAUUACAAUGUAUUGCCAUGUAUUACCAUGUAUCGCCAUGUAUUACCAUGUAUAGCCAUGUACUGCCAUGUAUCGCUAUGUAUUACCAUGUGCUGCCAUGUAUUGCCAUGUAUUACCAUGUAUUGCCAUGUAUUACCAUGAAUUGCGAUGUAUUGCCAUGUAUCGCAAUGUAUUUCCAUUUGCUGCCAUGUAUUGCCAUAUACUACCAUGUAUUGCCACGUAUUGCCAUGUAUCGCCAUGUAUUACCAUGUAUUGCCAUGUAUCGCCAUGUAUUAUCAUGUAUUGCCAUGUAUUGCCAUGUAUUGCUAUGUAUAGCCACGUAUUACCAUGUAUUGCCAUGUGUCGCCAUGUAUUAUUAUGUAUAAUCAUGUAUUGCAAUGUAUUGCCAUGAAUUGCUAUGUAUAGCCAUGUAUCACCAUGUACUGCCAUGUAUUACCAUGUAUUUUUAUGUAUCACCAUGUAUUGCCAUGUAUAUCCAUGUAUAGCCAUGUAAUGCUAUGUAUAGCCAUGUAUAGCCAUGUAAUGCUAUGUAUAGCCAUGUAUUACCGUGUAUUACCAUGUUUUACCAUGUAUUACUAUGUUUUACCAUGCAUUGCCAUGUAUUACCAUGUAUUAUUAUGUAUCACCAUGUAUUACCAUGUAUUAUUAUGUAUCACCAUGUAUUGCCAUGUAUUACCAUGUAUCGCCAUGUUU